AUGGCAGUGUUGAUGGCUUAUUGGUUAAGUUUGGUUGCUGUGUCAUGGACAAUGAGCACAGGCCAUGCUUUGAGGAGAAUAAGCCUGAAGAAGAUGCCAUCUAUCAGGGAGGCACUGCAGGAUAUGGGGGUUUCAGUGGAGCAGGUGUUGACUGAGUUAGCACAGAUGGGCUCACAAGACUUCAGCAAUGGAACUGCACCCACUCCUUUGACCAACUAUUUGGAUACACAGUACUAUGGAGAAAUCAGUAUUGGCUCUCCAGCUCAGAUGUUCAAUGUAGUAUUUGACACAGGCUCAGCCAACCUGUGGGUUCCCUCGCAAAGCUGCUCCCCUUUUUCCACAGCCUGCUUUACUCACAACAGGUAUGACGCCUCCAUGUCUCGCACUUACAUGGAAAAUGGAACAGGAUUUUCCAUCCAGUAUGCCUCAGGGAAUGUCAGAGGAUUCCUCAGUGAGGAUGUGGUUGUGGUGGGUGGGAUCCCCGUGGUCCAGGUGUUUGCUGAAGCGACCUCCCUGUCUGCCAUGCCCUUCAUCUUUGCAAAGUUUGACGGCGUCCUGGGGAUGGGCUACCCGAAUGUGGCCAUUGAUGGUAUCAUUCCAGUGUUUGACCGCAUCAUGUCUCAGCAUGUCCUCAAGGAGGAAGUGUUCUCUGUUUACUACAGCAGGGACCCACAACAUUCACCUGGUGGAGAGCUGGUUCUGGGUGGCACAGACCCAAACUACUACACUGGAAACUUUAAUUAUAUGGACACCAAAGAGAUGGGAAAGUGGGAGUUAGUAAUGAAAGGUGUUUCUGUGGGAACAGAAAUGAUAUUUUGUGCAGAAGGGUGCACAGCUGUGAUCGACACAGGCUCGUCUUACAUCACAGGCCCAGCCUCCUCCGUUUAUGCCCUGAUGAAAAGCAUCGGAGCACAGCUGGAUGAAAGUGGUUACAAAGUCAACUGUGACACUGUGAAGACAUUGCCAAGUAUUGCUUUUCAUCUUGGUGGCCACGAGUACUCCCUCACCCAUGAGGACUAUAUUUUGCAGCAAUCGCAGAUCGAGGGGGAUGUCUGCAUUGUUACCUUCAGGGGCUUGGAUGUGCCACCCCCUACAGGUCCCAUUUGGAUUCUGGGAGCCAACUUCAUCGCCCGCUACUACACAGAAUUUGAUCGUCGCAGUAAUCGGAUAGGCUUUGCUGUAGCAGUCUAA